AUGGGAUCUCGAUCACCUUGUAGCCGAUCGCCGGCUGCCGGUCCCACGACCCGUGAAUCGCUGGUCGCUAUCGAUAUCAGCAUGAUGGACGGUGCUGAGGUUUCAAAGCACAACUCCAAGCAGUCCUGCUGGAUAGUGAUAGAUUUGAGGGUGUACGAUAUCACGUCCUUCCUCCAGCAGCACCCAGGCGGCGAGGCCGUUCUACUCAAACAAGGCGGCGCUGACGCGACCUCCGAGUUCAACAAGCUGCACCCUCCGGACUACGUCGAUGACCUGCCACAAGGGAGCUACCUCGGCAACCUGGACCCGGCCACAGCGAAAGGUCUCCGGAAACCCACGCCACCCGCCCCGGCACCAUCAUCCUCGCCGGCAGCGGGGAAAGUCCCCGAUCUGGCCCUCUGCGUACGGGCGUCGGACUUCGAAGAGGCAGCCAAGGUGGUGCUAAACCGCAAGUCCUGGAUCUACGUGUCCAGCUCGGCCAACUCGGGCCUCUCGCUGCGCGGCAACCUGGACGACUGGUCGCGCGUCACCUUCCGGCCGCGGGUGCUUCGCAACGUCGAGGUUGUCGACGCGCAGUCCUCGAUCCUAGGCCACCCAACCCCGCACCCCUUCUACGCCUCGGCAAUGGGAACCCUCGGCGUGGCGCACGCCGAAGCCGAGCCGGAGCUGGUGCGCGCGGUCGCCCGGCGCGGCGCCCACGCCGUCAUCAGCACGGCGUCGACGCGGGCGACCGGGCAGAUCAUGCAGGCGUUUGAGGAGGAGUCGCGGCGGCUCGGCGGGGUAAGCCCGUCGAGGCUGUUCUUCCAGCUGUACCUGCCCGACGACCGGGCUAAGGCGCUCGCGAUCAUCGAGACGGCCAAGCGGGCCGGCUACAAGGGCCUGUGGAUCACCGUUGACCUGCCGGUGCUCGGCAAGAGGACCGCCGACAGGCGGCUGCAGGCUGAGGAGGCGCUGUCGCUCGGGGUGAGCGUGGAGAGCGUGCCGCAGGCCUCCGAGGGGGAGAACCCCUACACGCCCGGGGCCGGCGGCAGGGUGGUGGCGGGGCGGGUGAGCGCGCGCACAACGUGGGACGACCUGAAGUGGAUCCGGGAGGCGUGGCAGGGGCCGAUCGUGCUGAAGGGGAUCCAGUGCGCCGAGGAUGCGAAGCUAGCGGUCGAAUAUGGCUGCCAGGCCAUCCUCCUCAGCAACCACGGGGGGAGGCAGCUGCACACGGCUCCCAGCUCGCUCACGACUCUGUUGGAGAUCAGGACGUACUGCCCGGAGGUGCUUGAGAAGCUUGAGGUCUACGUGGAUGGCGGCCUUCGCGACGGAGCUGACAUCCUCAAGGCCAUCUGCUUGGGAGCUAAGUCUGUCGGCGUAGGACGGCCAUUCUUCUACGCGAUGGCGGCGUAUGGAGCGGCGGGGGUUGAGAGGUGCAUCGACAUUCUCGCCGAAGAGCUAGCAACCGCGAUGAGGCUUGUUGGUAUCACGUCGCUCGACCAAGCACGACCUGAAAUGGUCAACGCAAGCCGGCUUUUGAACGACAUGUGGCGCCCUGAGAAACAGUUUGCGCAAAGCCGUCUGUAA